GGUAGCGCGGCCUCCCAUCCCGAAGGCUGACGGCGGCGGGACUCAUUAGCCCCGAGGGGUCCGGCUGCUUAGCUGGUGAGCGACGCACCGGCCUGGGGGCCGGCGGGAGGAGAGUCCGGAACCCCGUCCGCGCUCACGAGUCGGACCGCUGAGACCCCCCCCCCUCACCCCGAAGUCAGCCAGGGGGCGCAGCCCCGGCCUAGGCCGCGCGGAGAUGCCCAGCUGCGGUGCUUGUACCUGCGGGGCGGCGGCAGCGGCCGCCCGGCUGCUCACCACCUCGUUCACCUCCGCGCCGAGAGGUAUUUCUUGUAGCCGCAUUCAUAUACCGGUUUUAGGAAGGCUUGGGACCUUUGAAACUCAGAUUCUGCGCAGAGCCCCUCUUAGAACCUUCUCAGAAACACCAGCAUACUUUGCCGCAAAAGAUGGAACAAAUAAAGAUGGCUCUGGAGAUGGAAAUAAGAAAUCAGUGAGUGAAGGAGGCAGUAAGAAAUCGGGCUCUGGGAAUUCUGGGAAAGGAGGAAACCAGCUGCGCUGUCCUAAAUGUGGUGACUUGUGUACACAUGUAGAGACUUUUGUGUCAUCUACCCGUUUUGUCAAGUGUGAAAAAUGUCAUCACUUUUUUGUUGUGCUGUCUGAAGCCGAUUCAAAGAAAAGCAUAAUUAAAGAACCUGAAUCAGCAGCAGAAGCUGUAAAAUUGGCAUUCCAACAGAAACCACCCCCUCCCCCCAAGAAGAUUUAUAACUACCUCGACAAGUAUGUUGUUGGCCAAUCGUUUGCUAAGAAAGUACUUUCAGUUGCUGUGUAUAAUCAUUAUAAGAGAAUAUAUAAUAAUAUCCCAGCUAAUCUGAGACAGCAAGCAGAGGUGGAGAAGCAGACAUCAUUAACACCCAGAGAGUUAGAAAUAAGAAGACGGGAAGAUGAGUACAGAUUUACAAAAUUGCUUCAGAUUGCUGGAAUUAGUCCUCAUGGUAAUGCUUUAGGAGCAUCCAUGCAGCAACAAGUAAAUCAACAAAUACCUCAGGAAAAACGAGGAGGUGAAGUAUUGGAUUCUUCUCAUGAUGACAUAAAACUUGAAAAAAGUAAUAUUUUGCUGCUUGGACCAACUGGGUCAGGUAAAACCCUGCUGGCACAAACUCUGGCUAAAUGCCUUGAUGUUCCUUUUGCUAUCUGUGACUGUACAACAUUGACUCAGGCUGGAUAUGUAGGUGAAGAUAUUGAAUCUGUGAUUGCCAAACUGCUCCAAGAUGCCAACUAUAAUGUGGAAAAAGCACAACAAGGAAUUGUCUUUCUGGAUGAAGUAGAUAAGAUUGGCAGUGUGCCAGGCAUUCAUCAAUUACGGGAUGUAGGUGGAGAAGGCGUUCAGCAAGGCUUAUUGAAACUACUAGAAGGCACAAUAGUCAAUGUUCCAGAAAAGAAUUCCCGAAAGCUACGUGGCGAAACAGUGCAAGUUGACACAACAAAUGUCCUAUUUGUUGCAUCUGGUGCUUUCAAUGGCUUAGACAGAAUUAUCAGCAGAAGGAAAAAUGAAAAGUAUCUUGGAUUUGGAACACCAUCUAAUCUGGGAAAAGGCAGGAGGGCUGCAGCGGCUGCAGACCUUGCUAAUCGAAGUGGGGAAUCAAAUACUCAUCAAGAUAUUGAAGAAAAAGAUCGGUUAUUACGUCAUGUGGAAGCCAGAGAUCUUAUCGAGUUUGGCAUGAUUCCUGAGUUUGUGGGACGGUUGCCCGUGGUGGUUCCUUUGCAUAGCCUAGAUGAGAAAACACUUGUACAAAUACUAACUGAGCCACGGAAUGCCGUUAUUCCUCAGUACCAGGCCUUAUUCAGCAUGGAUAAGUGUGAACUGAAUGUUACUGAAGAUGCUUUGAAAGCCAUAGCUAAAUUGGCACUAGAACGAAAAACAGGUGCACGAGGCCUUCGGUCCAUAAUGGAAAAGCUGUUACUAGAACCAAUGUUUGAAGUUCCCAAUUCUGAUAUUGUGUGUGUGGAAGUUGACAAAGAUGUAGUAGAAGGGAAAAAGGAACCAGGAUACAUUCGAACUCCAGCAAAAGAAUCAUCUGAAGAGGAGUAUGACUCUGGAGUUGAGGAAGACGGCUGGCCUCGCCAAGCAGAUGCUGCAAACAGCUAAACUGUCAGACUCCUGUCCUGUAUAUAAAGCUUUUCCUUCUUUUGUUUAGGAUCAUAACUUUCUACAGUCUGACAUUAAAGGCAUUGAAUCUAUCUUGGAUAUCAUACAUGGUCAGAAGCCUUUAGGAUAAGCAUAAGAUCAUGUAUAUUAUAACAUCACAUUGAUUUAUACAGAAGACAUUACGUGGACUUGAAUGACAACAAUGUUUAGAGAUAAAAUGUAUAUUAUCUUGGUUCAGUUUUUUAAGAAAUAUGCUUUAUCAAAAUUCUUAGGAGUUCUUUAAGCAAUGCAGGUAUUGCAAUAACUGUGGAUUUUACAAUAAUGUUACUCUACAAAUGGGAAAAUAAAUUCUUUAAAAUCGAAUAUUGAGAUAUACCAUUCUUUAGUGCUAUGUUUUUCUACCCAUAUUAAUUUCCUGAAACUAUUUAGAAUCUUAUUUCUCUUAAAAAUUAGACCAGGAAGUAAUAUUUAAAUAUUUUAUGGAAAAUGCCCUGAACCAUAUUUUGAUUAUUUGCUUACCUAUAUUCUUAAGUCUUUGGUAAAUGCAUGACAUGAACUUCCCAACUGAUCCUGUUAAAAAAAGAAAAAAAAAAGCCAUUCUCUUGCUUACCUAAUCUGAUUUAUUAACAACUUUGAGCCAUUUUUAGUACCAUGGGUGAGUAGAUGGACUUAAAAUUUGAAAUCUUCAGAAAAAAGACUAAACAACUAAUUCUUUUAAUAGCAUGCUGUAUCGAUCAUAGCAAGAGCCAUAUGCAGAACUAGAUAAAAUAUCCUAAUAGUGUGUGCUUUUCCUAAAGUAUUGAAUUUGGUUUUUGUUUUGUCUUGGUGCUAGACAUCUGUCUAAUCCUUUGGCUUCAUAGAACAUUAAAUAAUCUUUUAACAUCAGCUAAAGUGAAUGAAUGUGUUCACACUAACAUAAGUCACUAAUCUUCAUCACAUAGCAAAACUAAAAAUGGGGGGUGAACUUAAAUUUUUACCGUCUGAUUCCAUAAGAACUGUUCAGGUACCCUUUAAGCAUUUCUCUUUCCUUCUGUAAUACCAGUUUCUACAUUCUUCAUUCAGCUCAAUAAGUCUUGUUUGAAUCAGAAUAUCUUUAUAGAUUUCUUUUUUUCUUUUGGAGUCUUGAGCUUUCCUUUAGUCCUUUAGCCCACAUUUUUUAAAAAAGGAAACAAACCCUUAAGCUAUUAAGAAAUUCUAAAUCUUGGUGAAGACUUUGACUUUCUGUGAUAGACUAAAAGGCAUGUGAGGUACCUUUCUUUUAUGGCUGGGUAGGACCAGAAAUUUCUUUGUGCAGUGUUUAAUCCUAACUACUAUAGUAGCUCUCUCUAGUAAUGGUUCAAGUUCUUCUCAUGAGGUCUUUCAGAUUAUAACUUUGUUCUCAUGGCAUCAUUUUCCUUUUUGUAGAGUGAAAAUUGCAGUAGUUUCUAAAUAAAGAGCAAUCUUUGAAAAAUAGACUGGGAGACAUUUUAGUCAUAACUACAUUUGGUUUUGGAAGUUGUUAACAAGACCUAAUUGAUGUUUUUAAAUCAAACAAAUUGAGUAUAACAACAAUUUGUAUCUUGGAACUUACAUUUGAAUAAAACAAAGCUAAAUGAAA